GGUUGGAAUUAGGGUUGUGCAUAUACCGACUAAGGCACAACUUUCCGUGAGAACAUAGAAGCGUCGCUCCGCUGCAACACCCAACCACACCUCUCGCAUAAGCUUUCUCUAUGUCAAUGUUUUCCUUCCUUUCUUCUUUGGAGAUUGGACCUCAUCAUAAUAAUGCCAAUUGCAAAAUCAAUUCAUAAUUGCUUUUAAUCAUAAAAUUUUCGUUUAGUGUUCCUCUACAAUGGCCAGAUGGGAUGCAAUCCUAUCUCUUCCGGUACAAAACCCCCCCACAUUGGAAAUUUCUUCUUCCGAACUUGUGUGGUCAAAAGUAGAAGGUUGGCAUGAUAAGUUAGAUAGAGUUGCCCUUAUCCCAUUUGCUAGAGUUGAUGAUUUUGUGAGGGGUGAAUCAAAUAAUAAAGAAUGUCCCACAAGGUUUCAUGUUGAAGCAAGGCGUCGACGGUCUCCUAAAAUGCCCUUCAAGCAGAAGGUUGAUGGCAUACUAGAGUAUAUUUUGUAUUGGUGUUCCUUUGGUCCUGAUGACCAUAGAAAAGGUGGGAUUGUUAGACCAAGUCGUUCUACUUAUGUUCCUAAGAAGAAAAAUGCAGGUAGACCAAAUACUAAGAGAGGUUGUACUUGUCACUUCAUUGUGAAGCGCCUCAUAGCUGAACCUUCAGUUGCCCUGAUCAUAUAUAAUGAUGAUAAGCAUGUGGAUAAAAAGGGCUUGCCAUGCCAUGGUCCACAGGACAAAAAGGCUGCUGGAACACGUGCCAUGUUUGCCCCAUAUAUCUCGGAAGAUCUUCGACUUCGGGUUUUAUCUCUUCUAUAUGUUGGGGUCUCUGUGGAAACCAUUAUGCAGAGACACAAUGAAUCAGUUGAGAGACAAGGUGGUCCUUGUAACCGCGAUGACCUUUUGACCCACCGUUAUGUUAGGCGACAAGAGAGGGCAAUUCGUCGUUCUACAUAUGAACUAGAUGACGAUGAUGCUGUUAGUGUCGGCAUGUGGGUUGAAAGCCACCAAAAUCAGGUUUUCUUCUAUGAAGAUUUCUCUGAUUCUGAUCCAUUUGCUCUAGGCAUUCAAACUGAGUGGCAAUUGCAACAAAUGAUUAGAUUUGGGAACCGCGGUCUGCUUGCCACAGAUUCAAGAUUUGGUACAAAUAAAUUACAGUACCCCAUUCAUAGUCUUCUAGUGUUCAACUCAGACAAGAAGGCCAUUCCAGUGGCUUGGAUAAUAGCACCAAGGUUUUCUAGUUUGGAUGCACAUCGAUGGAUGAGGGCUCUUUACAAUAGAGUUCACACCAAAGAUCCUACUUGGAAGUUGGCUGGCUUCAUAGUAGAUGAUCCAUUUUAUGAUGUUCUAGCAAUCAGGGAUGUGUUUCAGUGUACAGUAUUGAUAAGUUUCUGGCGGAUUCGUCAUUUAUGGCAUAAAAACAUAGUAAAGUGUUUGGAAACUGAUAUGCAAAUAAAGAUAUCCAGACGCCUUGGGUGGAUAGUGGAUAACAUUUGCCGCCUUCAAGGAAACAUGUCACUCUUUGAAGAAUUUAUGGAAGAGUUCAUUGAUGAAUCCAAAUUUAUGGACUAUUUCAAGGCAACCUGGUAUCCUAGAAUAGGAGCAUGGAUCAAUGCUCUUCAAACUCUUCCUCUUGCUAGCCAAGAGUCUUGUGCAGCAAUGGAAUUUUACCACAACCAACUGAAGAUCAGGUUGUUGAAUGAAAAAGAUGUCACUGUUUAUCAGCGAGCCGAUUGGUUGGUUGACAAGUUGGGUACAAAAGUCCAUUCUUAUUUCUGGCUUGAUGAGUACUCAGGAAAAGAUGAUUUUGCACGAUACUGGAAAAACGAAUGGAUGAGUGGUUUGACAUCAUGGCGCAAAGCACAGAAGAUUCCAGACACCGAUGUCUUAAUAGAAGAUGGACGUGCUACGGUCACUGAUCAAGUUGAACGUGAUAAAGCUUUUGUUGUCUGGAAUACUGGUUCAAUGUUGAGCAUCUGUAAUUGUAGUUGGGCACAAGAAGGUAACCUCUGUGAGCAUAUCCUGAAAGUUCUUAGUAUCAGUCGAAAGAGGGGGUCCAUCUUACCAUCUGUCACUUUAUUUCAGUAUCACCGGGCACUAAAUAACAUGUUGCAUUGCCCUCCUUUUGAUUCUUUGAUCCGCGAUCAUGCCGUAUCAUUGGCAGUGUCAGUUCAGAAGCAGUUAGAUACCCUACUCGAUAAAGAAAGUGUCCAGACUGUUGUGGAUCCUAACGAGAAACAGAUCGUUAUUGAUAUUCCUCAGGAAAGCUUCAGGGUAGUCUCAGCUAACCGGGAUCAGGACUUGGUCAGUAAGAAGCAUGCUAUCAAUGAUGUUUUAUCUGAGGAUGCUGAUGGCUGUGAGGACAGAAAUGAUUCAAAUGAAGCCCCUGGAUGUGCAAGUGCAAUGAAUGAUAUCACCGAUUGUGGUGGCGCCAUAACUGGCGAACCUUGUGAGAGUGCUGGAGAGGACAGCUUGCCUGUUGACAUGGAUGUUGAUCCAUCAUCAACUUGUGUUAAUGAUACCAUUCAUGGCGAUGCGUCUAGAGAGAACAAAGAGAGGGGCUUGACUGCUUCAGAAAAUGAGAUCUCAGCUUCUGAAAUUGGUGGUGUGUCUAAUGAUAAGAUUGAAGAAAAUAUUUUAGAUAAAGGUGGCAGAGAUUGUGCUAUGGAUGUGGAUCCUCCAGCCUUGGAUGCCCCUUCAACAAUAGAGGAUGUGAAGCAGUGUGAGACACAUCAAAAUGGUGUCAAUGGGGUUCCCAGAGUUAAUUCUUGUUCAAAAGAUGCUGAGCCACUUGCACUUGAUAUUGGUGAAAAUUCAGGUACCAUUAAGGAGGGUGAAAAUUCGGGAUCAAUCACAUGAAAUUAAAUCAUGAAUCACAGUACACAUGUCAAUUAGAGAUUAGAUCCCAAUAAAGAUGAAGUUUAAGUUUGGUACUCUCUGUAAAGAUUUUCCAUUGUUAAUCAGAUAGCUUGAGUUACCUGUAGAAUUAGGAAUCACUCAUUAUUGCAGUGGUCAAUAAUUUUCAUUUAUAUGAGAAUCCAUGAUUAGAUGACAAAAAUAUUUAUUAUAAUUGUGUAUCUCAAUUAAAUUCACAAAGAUAUCAACUUUUGGGAAUAAU